AUGGAUGGUUCUUCGCAUAAUCGAAGACGUGUCGACCCAAAUGCAGUAUAUACUCAACCAUCUGGUCACAAAUAUAAUAAUGCUGAGAGGACUGAUUAUGUUGGAAUUACCAUAAGCGAUGAUUAUUCACAAAAGCAAAUGACUUCACUUCCAUUAAUGUCAACGUCAUCUCCCUCACACCAACAGCAACAAUUAAAUCCACAGCAUCAACCACUUUCUGCGCCGAAUCCGUCUCAACAUAAAGAGGCCCCUGAGGGUCGUGGUAGAAGGCGUUCAGAAAACUAUAUUCAAAAUUCCUCUUCCGGACAUUAUUCUGUAACUUCCUCAUCUCAAAAUCCAAAUAUUCAGCAACAUCAUCGAUCCUUGUCAGGACCGCAGAAUUUACCACUUCCACCCCUACCACAGCAGCAUGUUCCAUCGCCUCAUUUGUUACAUCAUUCACAUAAACAGCACUCACAUUCUUCUCUAAUAGCUGCCAAUUGGCGUCCUUCUCAAAGUCAAUCAGGUCAACAGCCACCACCGAUACCAAACCCGCCAGUACAGAUUACAUAUCAGAAUACAUAUUCUAAUUCUAAACCUUCGUCUCCUAACAAUUUUCCAAAUAUAUCAACUUCUGCCACUUCUUCUCCAAUUAAAUCAUCACAAACCUCAACACACACGACGCGUAACGAAAACGGCACAACACCUGACCUUCGAACUUCAGUUUUUCAACGAGUAAAAAACGAUGGAUUUGACAACGAGGACAGUGAUUAUAUUUUAUAUGUAAAUGAUGUAUUAGGAAGUGAGGAGGGACAGAAAUGUUCUUGGCCAAGGGACGUUCGGUCAGGUUGUGAAGUGUCAGAACUUGAAGACAAAAGAUAUUGUUGCGGUCAAAAACAACCUUCCAAGAGAUAUUUUUCUGCUACAACUUUACCUGAAAUUAUAAAGUCUUAUCCGAUAAUGAGGAAAGGUGUAACUCAAAAGGACAUUGAUAAAGAAAUGCAAAAUCGGCUGGCCUUUAUUGAUUUUGUGCAAGGAUUAUUGAAUCUCAAUCCUAUUGAACGAUGGUCGCCACAACAAGCUAAAUUACACCCGUUCAUAACGGGUGAGAAAUUCACUGGUAAAUUUACACCGCCAAUGCAGCUCAAAUCAUCUAAUAAAUCCAGCAACACAUCCACACAAUCGGUCCCUUCAUCUACAAGUUCACAACCAUCGUCACAUUUGGCGCCGUUGCCGUCACAUUCACAAUAUAAAACACCUAACUCAUCUCCAAAAAUUCCACAUAAAAAUCCGGUUGUAAUUCAUGAAAUGCCAUCUGUAACAAUAACAUCUCAUAAUGUCAAUGCAACUGGUCAACGACCACAAAUUCAACAGACUUCAAAUAAAAUGGCGACUUUGGCACCCAAACAGAGUUUAAGUACUCUAAGACCUCGUGCUAGUACAAUUGGAAACAUCCAAGUCCCGCCUCAAAUUCAAAUAGCUGCGGCUCUUGUGUCCCCAGGAAACGUAGGCGCGUCACCAGGUGAACAUAAGAGGCUCCCAAAAGAAAAAGAUCAAAGACGAUUGCCACCACCAUACCCGCAUCUACAGCUAUUACCGGAACAUGAACAUGAAACUACACAAUUUUCUGUUGUAGUUGAUGGUGAAGACAGGCGUGCAACAGGUGCAACACCGGGGACUUAUUACCAGAAUUUAGCGCCUCCAUUAAAUUACGAACAAUAUCAUCACCAUUCACAAACACAUCGGUAUAAUUCUAACUAUCGAAUAUCACCGUCAACCUCGCCAUCAUAUCCACCGUCAUUCCAUGCCGGCAAGGGUUUGUGA